CGUCCCCUCUUGCUCACAAGACCUUGACGGAGUUCGGAGACGAGCGAUUGGCCGUACUGCCGGUACCGGGAACGCCUGGACAGCGACGGUCGACGGCUAGGUAGACAGUGAUUGGCAAAGGUGAGUGACGACUGCGAUAACCGACGUUCCAGACUUCCAGGAUUCCAGUCGUAAGGGCCGUUCCAGGCUCCAAGUCUCGAAAUCCCACCAGUUAACCAGUGCAUAGGGUUUCCAAUUCAGCAUGGUGAGGUUCAAGAAUAGAUACAUGGUGAUGGAAGUCUUUCUGGAUCCAAAUAAGGAUAUUAUGGUAAAUGACCCCAUCAUAAUUACACAAUUCAAUUUGAUGAAAUCUAUCAAAGAUAGCAUGCUCGCAAACUUUGGAGAGUGUGGUCUAGCCUCAUCACUCAACUCUUUACAUGUGAAGUAUGUAAAUCCUAUUACAAAAGUUUGCAUAAUUAGAGCAUCAAGAGAAGAUUAUAAAAAUGUUUGGGCUGCAGUUACCAUGAUUAGAAGCAUCGGCAACUGCCCCGUGGUCUUCAACUUACUUGACCUGAGUGGAAGUCUUGAAGCCUGCAAAGAGGCUGCUUUGAAGUGUGAAAUGUCAAAGUUUGAGCACUACAAGUUGCGGGUUGGAAGCCAGAUCAAUGGAGAUGCUGAGCAGCUCAUGACGAAUUGUCUCGAGAAGAUCAAAGUUUUGGAGCACUGAAAUCUUCUUUUUGAGGUCAUCUAUUCAAAUCCCUUUUUUUUAUUUUGCACUGUUUUGUUGCAUUCUAUAAGUCUCUGAGUUUUGAUGGGGGCUGUUUGGCAACUUCUGAAUAGGUAAGUGCUGAACCAGUAAGAGGUCUGAACCAUUAAGUGCUGAACCAGUAAGAGGUCUGAACCAUUAAGAGCUAGUAUAUUGCUUAACUAUUCAGAGGCAAAUGUCUGAUCAAUUCAGAUAAGAGGUCUUAACCAUUCAAACUUUGUAUAAUACUUAAUCAUUCAGAGGCAAAUCUCUUAACCAUUCAAACAUCUGAACCAUUAAGAGGCUGAAACAAACAGUCUGAACCAUU